ACGUUCAAUUCGCAUUCAACGUCUUUCUAAGCUCGAUUUUGCGUGAAUUAUUUUUUACAUCGUCGCGGAAAGACCAGGAAAGUCCUAAAAGUGACAGUUCUACAGCGAUAAAAAUUCUGAACGUAAUCGAAUCUUCAGAUUGAUCCAAAAUGAUCGCGCAAUUCGAAAUUAAUAACUCGGAUGAUUCGUUAUUCGAGCAGGAUUUUAAAUUCGCGACGCUUCCCCUGUUGACAUAAAUGGCGGGCAUUGAAAAAUAUAGUAAUCCAGUGUGAUUAAUGUUUAUCAUUUAUUCGGCGAUUACUCUCUUUAUUUGGAGUUAUUGUAACGCACGACACAAAUUAGGAUGGUCAACAACUCGCAGGACAGGAUGAACACCUCUAACGACAAUAUGGAAGUUGACGAAUACAACGCAGAAUACGACGAGGAGGAUGGUUUAAGAGUCGAUGACGAGAUAUACAUCCCACCACCACUGAGAACUUUCAGCGAGGUUGAUACAACUGGUCCAAGACUUAUGAUAACUCAGAUCGUCAAUGAGAAUUUCAAGAGCUAUGCUGGGAGGACUACUAUCGGUCCUUUUCACAAGAGCUUCUCAGCAAUAGUGGGUCCUAAUGGUAGCGGCAAGAGCAAUGUAAUAGAUUCUAUGUUGUUUGUGUUUGGCUAUCGUGCCAGCAAAAUUAGAUCGAAGAAGAUCUCUGUGUUAAUACACAAUUCCAACGAGUAUUCAAAUCUGAAUAGUUGUACUGUUUCUAUACAUUUUCAAAAAAUUAUUGACAAAGGGCUUGGAGGAGAUUAUGAAGUUCCAGACAGUGAAUUUGUCAUAUCUAGGACCGCCUUUAAAGACAAUUCAUCGUAUUAUGAGUUUAAUAAGAAGAAAGUACAAUUCAAAGAAAUUGCCAAGAUUCUCAGGUCUCAUGGAGUCGACUUGGAUCACAAUCGGUUUUUAAUAUUACAAGGCGAGGUAGAACAAAUUGCAAUGAUGAAGCCUAAAGGACAAAAUGAAAAUGAUACUGGAAUGCUAGAAUUUCUGGAAGACAUUAUUGGCACAGCUCGCUAUAAGGAACCUCUGGCAAAAUUAGCAGACAAGGUUGAAAUGUUAACUGAGCGCAGAGUAGAGAAGUUACAUCGUCUCAGAGUUGUGCAAAAGGAAAAGGAAAAUCUGGAGGAGCCUAUGCAAGAAGCAGUGCAGUAUCUGAAGAUGGAAAACACAAUAAUCAAAUUACAGCAUCAACUUUAUCACUGUAAAAGAUUCGAAACAGAAAAGGAACUUAUCGAGCAUGAUGCAAAACAUUCUACUUUAGAUAAGGAACAAAAUGCACUGAUGGACGAAAUGAAGAAAAUUCAUCAGCAGAAGGAGGAAAAGACUAAGAUUAUUAAAGAGAAGAAUAAAAAAUGGGACACUUUACAGCAACAGAAGGAUGAAGCUACAGCAAAAUUCGAUAAAGUGCGCAAGCAGGAUGAGUCGUUACACGCUGAACUGGUUGAAACGAAUAAACGACGGAAAGCUAACAUAGCAUCUGCCAAGACGGAAAAAAGCAAGAUGGAAGAACUGCUAACAGUACCAGAGAAGAAUACAAAAGACAUCAAAGAAUGUGAGAAUUUGAUCGAGACGAACACGGUCAAAAAAGAAAAAGAAGAGACCGCAUUAGCGACUUUGAUGGCGGGUCUGCGAAUACAGACGGAGCCGUUGCUGAAUGAGCGAUCCGAGUUGGAAAAGCAGUUAAUAUCUCUUAGAAAAAACGUAGAUCAAGCGAAAGCGGCAUACGAUAUUGCGCAAUCCGAGCUAGAUCUUUAUAUGUUGGUGGAAAAGACUGAGAAAGAAAAGCUGGAAAGUCUCCAAGAAUCUGUAGAGAGGACUAUAAAAACUCUUCAGGAACGGCAGAAGCAGCUGGCGGCAUUCGAGCGGAAAAUUCCGGCAACUGAAAACAGCUUGCAAGAGGCUCAAAGCGAGUUGAACGAGAUAAAAGCACGCGAAGUCGAGAAGACCGCUCAGUUGAGGAAGAUGCGAAUGACUUUCGAAGAGCAGCGUUCUGCCAUGCAAGCCAGCAGAUCGUCGAACCGGGUCCUGGAUGCGUUGAUGAAAGAGAAACGAGAAGGACGGAUACCUGGAAUAUUUGGAAGACUGGGCGACUUGGGUGCCAUUGACGCAAAAUAUGACAUUGCCGUAUCAACAGCGUGUGGUCCGCUAGACAACAUUGUCGUGGAUACAUUGACCACAGCGCAGAAUUGUAUUACAUAUCUGCGGCAGCAUAAUAUAGGACGCGCGACGUUUAUACCAUUGGAGAAACAGCAGCGUUUCCUGUCUAAGUGUCGCAGCAAAAUCCAAACGCCGGAAAAUGUGCAUCGACUAUUUGAUCUGAUAAAAGUAGACGAUGAACAAGUGCUACCGGCCUUCUACUAUGGUUUACAGGACACUUUGGUGGCCGAAAACUUGGAUCAAGCAACACGCAUUGCUUAUGGCAGAAUGCGUUAUCGCGUGGUGACGUUGAAGGGCGAGCUGAUAGAAUUGUCUGGCACGAUGAGUGGUGGCGGACGCACAGUAUUCCGAGGUCGAAUGGGCCAGAAAGUGGUGAGAAACGAACCGUCGACCGCCGAUAUCGAGAGACUGCAAUCACAGUUAGAUGUCAUAUUCGAAGAGUGCAAUAACCUGAGGACAAAGCAGCAGCCAUUGGAGCAGCAGAUCCAUGUGUUGACAACUGCCUUGCGAGACAUGAAAAUUGACAAUCAAAAAUUUAGCAUCGAGGUACAAACGUUGAGGGAGCAAGAACCUUCUUUGCAAGCACAACUUAAAGCUCAGAAAAAGAAGGCUGCCGAUUCGAUAUCGGAUCCAAAAAAGGUUAAACUUCUGCAGAAGACGCUGAAUGCGGCAAAGUUGCACCUGGACGAAGUCAAGGAGAAUUCAGCUUCGGUGGAAAGAGAGGUAGAGCGUAUUAAUAAUAAUAUAGAUGAGAUUUCUGGCAAUCGGGUGCGAGAUCAGCAGAAAAAAAUCACGCAGCUAACCAAAUCGAUAGACAAGGCCAAGGCGGAGAUAUGCCGUCUGCAGGUAUCUAUCAAGACAGCUGAGAGGAACGUCAAAAAGGCGGAGAAACACAUUGAAACGCUGGAGAACGAUGUACACGCUUGCGAAGAGAGAUUGAGAAACAUUCAAAAAGAAAAAGCUGAGCUCGAGGAACGUGCCAAAGUAAUUAUGGAUGAGUUGAAAGAGUUUAAUGAAGCAUUAACGAAGCGGGAUGACGACAUGUCGUCUUUAAGAAACGAAUUGAGCGAACUACAGGCGCGAGAGAAUAAAAUGAAAGAGGUGAAGAUCGAUCUGGAUCAAAAACUACAGGAGACGAAAAAGUUGUUGAAGGAACUUCAACAUACAAUCCCCGAAUACAAUCAGAAGAUAGCGAAUCUAAAGUUACGAGCAAUUCCCCACGAGACUUUGGAGCCGCUUAAAGACUUGACAGAGGAAGAGAUUGAUCAGUUGGACAUAAAGAUGAUAGCACAGAAUCUACAGAAGGCUAAGAAGAGGCUACCUGAGCAAAUACCUAAUAUGCAGAUCAUUGCGGACUAUCAGGAAAAGGACGCGUUAUACAUACGUCGCGCCGCCGACUUGGAAGAAAUGACGUUGAUACGCAACAAGAUGCGUGAUAUCUACGAAACCGCUCGGCGACGUAGAAUUCAGGAAUUCCAGGAUGGUUUUAGUCUGAUCACCACGAAGUUGAAGGAGAUGUACCAGAUGAUUACGUUGGGCGGCGACGCGGAAUUGGAGCUGGUGGACUCGUUGGAUCCGUUCAGCGAGGGUAUCGCAUUCAGCGUGCGUCCGCCGAAAAAAUCGUGGAAGAGCAUUAGCAAUCUCAGCGGUGGCGAGAAAACUCUGAGUUCGUUGGCCUUGGUUUUCGCCCUCCAUCACUACAAACCCACGCCGUUGUAUUUCAUGGACGAGAUUGACGCGGCACUCGACUUCAAGAACGUUUCGAUAGUCGGCAACUACAUCAAAGAACGCACGAAGAACGCUCAGUUCAUCGUUAUCUCACUACGCUCGAAUAUGUUCGAAUUGGCCGACUAUCUAGUGGGUAUCUAUAAGACGGAUAACUGUUCCAAAAGCAUAACUCUCAAUCUAGGUCGUUAUUAUCAUAACAACGACAUCUCGCCACCCACGCAACUCACCUCCAAGACCUACGCGUCGCAGAUGACUCAGAGGUCGCAGGAGAAACACUUGACGCAAAACGUCCAGGUCGAUUCACGCAAGGAAAACACUGCACCAACGAUGAAUAACAAUGCGAAAGAAACACAAUUAACUCAAGAGAAGACACCCACGAAGGACAAUACGAGAAAGUCACCAAACGUGGAAAAGACUCCAACCACAAGGAAUAAUAAUGUAAAGAAGACAUCAAAAAAGAAAGAAUCGGAAGUCGAUCGAUUGAGUCUUCCGGACUUGGCAGUGUGUCCGACACCACCACCAACGCCAGCUCGGCGUUCCAGCAGGCUUGCAAGGAAAAGCACGGAGACACCAGUGAGCGUUAACAAGGAACCAGUUAAUAAGAAGCGAAAACUGAUGAAAUGAUGACUGAAUGAUUUAGCGAAUAACUUCGACAAUUGCCAUUCUCAAAGGUUGGUGCAUACAAAUGCGCAACGACGAUUCUUUCUUUUUUAAUGUCUUCUUCACAUUUUGUUCCUCGUGGUUGGAGUCUUUUCCACGUUUGGUGACUUUCUCGUAUUGUCCUUCGUGGGUGUCUUCUCUUGAGUUAACUGUGUUUCUUUCAAGUCGCAAACUAGUCUCAAUUUUUCUUCCAAAUAUGAAUUCUAAAUAAGAAUAUUUAUUAUAUAAAUGUUCUUAAACACUUUUUAUCAUUAAACAAGAAGAAUUGAAACUAGUUUCAGACUUGAGCGUCGCGCAUUUGUACGCCCUUAAGAAUAUUAAAUAUAUUUUUAGAACACAUGACUUUAUAAAUUAAUAAUA